GUUAAAGCACACUUACGAAACCAGUAGGAACUCAACAGCACCAUGAAGUCCGCACUACUUUUGAUCUGCCUUGCCUUCUUCGUGGCGCUCCUAAGCACCGGAAAUGCGUGCGAUCCCGAUUCCAACAACCAGCCGGACUGCAGCGUCGCAUCCAACGUGCAAACGAAGAUCCGCAACUUCUGGGAUCCCACUCGCUACUGGUGGUGUGAGUCCUCCACCUCCACGGCCACGGUUGUGAGGUGCCCGGAGGUCACCGGAUUCGACCCCUCCAAGAAGGAGUGCGUCCUAUGGAGCGAAUGGACUUGGACUCCUUACUGUUAAUUGCAUUUUUGACAAAAAAGGAAUAAAAUAUAUGGCAAACUAAAUGAUUAAA